AUGAUUAGAUCCUUGUUCAGAGAUGCGAUCCGUUACCGGAGAACUUUGCUGCUCUUUUGUGCUUGUGCAUUUAUACUUAUACUUUCCCUUCAUUUUCCACUGCAACUCACUAAAUCAGCUACGAAAAAUUUAAUCUUGUCGAAGACAUACAAAGUUGUGGUAUUUAACCGAGUCCCCAAAACCGGUAGUACAUCAAUUGUUCGCAUUUUCGAAACCCUCAGUAAACGAAACGAUUUCCGCGUCUACCGAAUUGCCAUCUUUAAUCCUCGUCAAUUCCUCAAUCCUCUUUCUCACAAGACUCUUGUGGAGGAGGUUAAGGAGAUAUCGCAGUGCUCCAAACUCCUAGUCCAUGGUCACUUUUUCUACAUCAAUCUUCGCAGGUUCAGUUCCACCAUUGACCACGUUUACAUAAAUUGUUUGCGAAACCCAUUGGAGAGGCUCAUUUCUAAGUACUAUUUCGUGCGUUUUGGUGAUGAUCAUCGACCGAACACUCAACGACGUGGCAUGACAAACGAUAGCCUUCAAAUGCAAACAUUUGAAGAAUGCGUUGAAGUUGGCGGCAAAGACUGCGCUCCCAAGCUUCUCUGGGUUCAGAUUCCAUUCUUCUGUGGCAAUGCGGCGUACUGCAAUAUUCCUGGAAAUCCCGAAGCUCUACAAACUGCAAAGCGGCGACUAGUCGAGGAGUAUCUUCUCGUAGGCGUCCUGGAAUACUUCAAUGAGUUCAUGGAACUGCUAGCUUAUCUCAUACCUGACUAUCUCGCCGGAAUUGAACAGACGAAGGAUGUUAAAAUCGGUGACCAACCAUUAUGGCACCUGCGAAAGACUAGGUCAAAAGCGCCAGUUCAACAAAAAGUUCGUGAGUUUUUUCAAAACGAUACCAUUUGGAGGAUGGAAGAUGAUUUUUACGAGUUUGCAAAAUCUGAAUUCCUCAGUCGUUAUCAACGCUACAAGUACCCACCUUUUGAUCGGGCUAAUUGGGGGAAAUCAGUUUUCAUUCGUGCUAAAUGA